GACUGAAGUACAUAAUAUGGGGACGAAAUCCCUGGCAACCGCCUACCAGGAGUGGAAUGCAUUUUGGAUUUUGUGAUCGAAAGAACUAAAUCAAGGGAAAUUGGAAGAAAAUACAAGAUCAGUUGGCUGUUUUAUGAGACUUUGAGGAAUCAGUUUUUUUUUCAUCUUGCAUUUUUUUCCAAUCAGCGGACAGACUCUGACAGAAUGGAAGAAGAACAAACAAACCUGAUCAUAAAUUACCUUCCUCAAUCAAUGCAGGAUGAGGAAUUUAAGUCCUUGUUUGAAAGCAUUGGGCCAAUCAAAUCCUCUAAAAUUGUAAGAGAUAAGAAUACAGGGUACAGUUAUGGCUUUGGCUUUGUUGAUUAUCACAGCCCAAAAGAUGCAGCAACUGCCAUCAGCCAAUUAAAUGGAUACCGUGUUGAACACAAGGUUUUAAAAGUGGCAUAUUCUCGCAGAAAUGAGGAGGAAUCCAAGGGAACCAAGUUGUACCUGCAGAAAUUGCCUCUACAUUACACGGAGGAAGAAGUCACAAAUUAUUUGUCUUCAUAUGGAAAUAUUGUUCAAGUUCGAGUUGUUACAGAUCGUGCAACAGGCCAGUCCAAAGGGAUAGGGUUUAUUUUGUUCUGUAAAAGAUCAGAGGCCGAGGCAGCCAUUGCUGAUCUGGAUAACAAAGUGCCCCCUGGUGGAACCCAGCCUCUGAGAAUCAAGUUUGCGGACGACAACGCCAAAAAAGUUAAACCUCCUCCUCAGUAUGACUAUUACUCACAGCCUCCAUAUCCAGUGCAUGGGGGGUAUGGGGAGGGAAUGGAAGGGUCUCGGGGGCCCAUGAGAAACCCAGGGAGUCGGUUUAGGUUUAACCCCAUGGGAAACAGUAGUAGUUACAGUGGGGCAUAUGGAGGGGCGAGCAGUGGGUAUGGUGCCGACUAUUACAGUCCUCCCUCCCAAGGCGGCGGGGGCUAUGUGUUGUUUGUCUAUAAUAUUGGUCCGGAGGCUGAUGAGAAGACCCUGUGGCGAAUGUUUUCUCCUCUUGGAACCGUUACCAAAGUCAAUGUUAUAAUGGACCAUCAGAAAAGUCAGUCUAAAGGUUAUGGUUUUGUUACCAUGCCAAAUUAUGAGGAGGCUGAAUAUGCUAUCCUUAACAUGAAUGGUUACUGCUACAAUGGAAGAGAAUUGUCGGUGUCAUUUAAAACCUAGACUGUAUAUUGAACUGUCUUAGAAUUUAACUACUCUCAUUAUUUGUUCAUUGAUCAUUCAUUUUGUUGUAUUUGUCAAAAGAUUUUACUUGUGCAUUAGUAUAUUUGUAAUUUUUUCAAUACAAGCUGUAUUUUUCCUGAUGAACAUUUUGAUUUGAUAGUGAAAUUUUUGAAUUUACUUUUUUGUAGCCUUUGGCAUCCCAGUUGUCAGAAAGAAGUGGUUUUGUAUGAAGGAAAAAGGAUUUAUAAUGUUCUUUCUGAUGGCUGGGAACAGAUUGAUUGUACCCACUCGACAAUCAGCGGAUAACUAGUGUUUUGUUUUUGAUACAGUUGUUAAUAUAUUUUUCUUUCUUUUUUUUAAGUAUUUCUGGUCUACAUAUGGUCUAGGGUUGAGAUUGUUAGGUUGUGUAAUGCAAGGUUUGACACACUGCAAUAUUUAAUUAUAUUUUCUUCAGUCAUUUUUGAAUCUGAUUAGAUAGUACUGCAGAAAUAAAUGAGCCUAAAGUUGUCACUUUUUGAAAGUAAUACCUGGGUAUUCACAAGAGCAAAAAUUAAAUGAUAUUUUAACUUAUUUAAAAUUCCUAAUUUUAGAUGAGUGAUUGAAAAAAGCAGAUUUUUAAAAACUGUCCAUUUACAACUCCUUAAUACCCCUAUUUUAAAGUUUUUUGGGGUUUUUUUUUUUGGUUUUUUUUUUGCUAUUUCUUUUGGUCAGUCAUUUUUGGUUCUCAUAUAAACUGGACAUUGAAUACUGCAAUAUCUUUAAAAAUUUCAUUGAAAGUACAAUUUAAAAUAAUAUCUCUACCUCCCAGUCCAGAAGCAUUUAUACAUGACAGAGACUUUCUUAUUGUGGUGUGUCAGGCUCUGCAGGAUUUUUUUAUCUCAAGUUCAAAAACAUUUCUUUUCCAUUUUGCAGUUUUAAAUCACAUAUACUUGAUGAAAAAAUGCAAACUUUAAGAUUUAUAAAAUCAUUUAAGACUGAGUAGAAUUUGCCAAAAUGACAUUGCAUGAUUAUGCAUUAGUUCUUGUUUUAGUAUUAUGUACUCUUCAACAGUUUUGGCAACAGCUGAAGCUGUAUUGAUGUACAUGUACAAGUAAAUAAAGUUGAAAGCAUU